AUGAAAAGAGGAUGGAAACGACUGAGGUGGGAACCAGAUGAUAUUAAUGAUCUUCGAAAUCGUUUAAAUAGAAAUAUUUCCCUCCUUAAUGCAUUUAAUGGGCGCAUUACUCGAAAUAAUAUCACAAAAUUAAUGCAGAGCCACAAUGAUCAUGAAAAUCGGAUGAUACUUGACUGGCUCUCUCCAAUGAACUAUGCUACUCAACAAAGCAACUUUGCCAGUCGAUGUCAAGCAGAAACCGGGAAGUGGUUUUUGAAGUCUUCUGAAUUCCAAACCUGGAUUGAGAAACCGAAACAGACUUUAUUCUGCCCUGGAAUUCCUGGAGCUGGGAAAACCAUCCUCGUGUCAAUGAUGAUUGACGAGCUCUAUGUGCGAUAUGGGAAUGAAAAUGAUAUUGGUAUCGCAUAUAUCUAUUUCAACUUCCGUCAUCGUUACGAAAAUGGUCUAAAAGACCUGCUUGCGAGUUUGUUGAAACAGUUGGCUCAAGCACAACUAUCCUUGCCGGAUAAUGUGCGGGAUUUAUACGGUCAGCAUUAUAAACGAGGGACACUACCGUCAUUAGAUCAAAUUUCAAGGAAUUUGCAUGCUGUCAUCAGCAAGUUCACGAAAGUAUUUAUCGUUGUGGACGCCUUAGACGAAUGUGAGAAUGUAAACAAACUAUGUUAUAUCUUCCUAUCUAAGAUAUUCCAUCUCCAAAACAAACAUGAGUUGAACUUUCUGGCAACCUCAAGGUUCAUUCCAGAAAUUGAAGCCAUGUUCGAAGGGACCCCAUGCCUGGAGAUACAAGCGAACAGUGAAGAUGUCAAGAGAUACCUGAGGGAAUCCUUAGGGUGCCUUCCUAGGUUUGUUUCACGGAGCACAGAACUUCAGGAAGAAAUUACUGCAGAAAUCACUAAAAACAUCGGCGGCAUGUUUCUUCUCGCUCAACUUCAUCUUGAGUCAUUAAUUGGCAAGAAAUCCCCUAAGGCGCUCCGAGUGGCUCUAGCAAGCUUUUCUUCUGGAUGCAGUUCGUAUGAUUCUGCGUAUCAUGAUAUCAUGGAGCGGGUUCAGAGGCAAAUGAAAGACCAGAAAGAGAUGGCCAUUCAAGUACUGUCUUGGAUAACUUAUGCAAAGAGACAGUUGACAACUCUGGAGCUGCAACAUGCACUUGCUGUAGAGAUCGACAGCCCUUGCCUUGACAAGCACAAUCUCCCUGAACUAGAUGAUAUGGUCUCUGUUUGUGCAGGACUGGUCACGGUUGAUGAAGAGAGUAAAGUUAUCCGCUUGAUCCACUAUACAGCACAGGUCUAUCUGUUACGAACUGCAAAUGUUUGGUUUCCUAAUGCCCAAGCUUAUAUCUCAAGGACAUGCAUCACUUACUUGUCAUUCGAAGUUUUUGGCGCUGGCCCUAGCUUGAGUGAAGAAAGUUUAAAAGACAGAUUAAGUUCUAAUACUCUUUAUGACUACACUACGCGGAAUUGGGGACAUCACACUCGUAUGUCGUCCAUAGAGAGUGAAAAAUGGAUAUUAGACUUCGUUGAAAGCAAACAAAAGGUGGCUGCAUGUAGCCAAACGAUGGUAUACAAUGAGUAUCAUGAUUUUACUGAAUCACAGAUGACAAAUUUGCAUCUUGCAGCAUACUUUGGGCUUCAGAAGCUCGUGCUGGCUUUGUUAGAAAGACAACAUGACCCGAACCUCAAGGAUGGAUAUGGCCGGACACCACUAUCCUGGGCUGCGGAUUGUGGCCAUGAGGAAGCAGUAUGGCUUUUACUUGAAAAAGGCGCUGACCUCAAUGCAGCGGAUAAGGAUGGUUGGACACCACUUGAAUGGGCUGCUAUGAUGGGUCAUACAGCUCUGGUAAACCUAUUUCUGGACAGAUAUGCCAGCCAUUCUUCUAGAGACAAUGGUGGAACCAUAAUACUUUCCUUGGCUGCAGAGAACGGUUAUGAAUCGUUAGUCAAAUUACUACUCGACAGGGGCAUUUACCCGGAUUUCAAAAACAGUUUUGGCGAGUCACCUUUGUUACUUGCUGCGGAUAAUGGACAUGAGAUGGUAGUCGAGUUAUUGCUUAGCAGAGGAGCUGGUAUUGACUCUAAAAACAAGUAUGGUCUAACGCCACUAUUGUCUGCUGCGAACAAUGGCCAUGAGAUAGUAGUCAGGCUGUUGCUUGACAAGGGCGCAAGCAUUGAGGCUAAAGACAGAUAUGGUCGAACAUCACUACUCUCUGCCGCAGAAAACGGCCAUGAGGCGGUGGUCAAGCUAUUGCUUGACAAAGGGGCUGAUCUUAAGUCUAAGGACUGUCAUGGUUGGUCAUCUUUAUCGUGGGCUUACAAUUACGGCUAUCGGCAUGUCAUGAGUUUGCUCUUAGAAAAAGGUGCUGUCUUUGAGUCUGAAAUGACCCCAAUGAACUCAACAGACAGAGUUAUGGCAGGUGCGCAAAUAUACAGAUUUAAGCCGAUCACAUUCUCAAGAAAGUGA